UCUGCGCCCUGUUCGAUUACCUGCAGUAUAGCCCAGCCAGCCACGCGCGAGGGAGACAUCAUUGAAGUGGAGCAGAAGCGCGCUCGCGAGUGGAGGCGCGAGUCACUCUCUCUCUAUCUCUCUCCAGAAUUCAGUGGCGCUCUGCAUACUGUCAACCCAGCUCAAUGGAAAUCAUGUCUUUGAACACUACGAAGAAAAGACCCUGCCAAUAAACGUAAAAAGGCGCCUGACUUAAAUAAGUCUGUGUGAAGUUCACUUCAUCUACUCAAGUGAAAGACGCGAGGAUGCGCGCGGAACUCGGUAUUCUUUGUGCUUUGACUUUCCUGGUCUCGUGCAGCCAUGGCGCGAGAGUUGUGAGCGGUCAGACAGUGUGUCAGGGCAGUCCUGAGCACCCUUGCUAUAAGAUCGCUUACUUCAGGGACGUGACGAGUCGUGUUGCAUUCUGGGAGGCUCUGCAGGCAUGUGAAAUGGACGGCGGUUCCUUGCUGAGCAUUGAGAACACGGCAGAGCAGAAGCACAUCGAACACCUCCUGCGGGAACUCAGCAUCUCCACUUCCACCGGCGCUGCCAGCGGGUCGGGCAUCACAGACGGAGACUUCUGGAUCGGCCUGACUCGUGUGGAGGGCGAGAACGCACAGGAGCCUGGCAGCUUCACCUCUUGUCCCAACCUGUACAGGUGGACUGAUGGAAGUGUCUCACAGUUCAGAAACUGGUAUGCUGAUGAACCAUCCUGUGGAGGAGAAGCUUGUGUGGUCAUGUAUCACCAGCCUACUGCUCUCGCCGGGCCUGGCGGGCCGUACCUCUACCAGUGGAACGAUGAUAGGUGCAAUAUGAAGCACAAUUUCAUCUGCAAGUAUGAACCAGAAAGCUACCUGGUAAAAGAGCAGAGCGACAGGCCUGGAGGGCGUGAUGUUGAUCUUUCCACAGAAGAACAAGAGGAGAGGAGAACACCUCCUGCCAACCCGGACGAGAACCCUCGACUUAUAAUGCCAGGGCCCUCAAGUAUGCUGCUAAUCUACGUGAUUAUCCCUACCAUCCCUCUUCUCUUGCUGAUCCUGGUGGCUUCAGGAACGUGCUGUUUCCAGAUGUUGAGCAAGAGUAAACCACGGACCAAAACAAGCGUUAACCAAUCAACUCUCUGGAUCUCCAAGACGCCAAAGGUAGACAGUGGCAUGGAGGUUUAAAGAUCCAUCUCCACAAUUCAAGCAGUUUCCUGUUUCUGUUUUGUCAUCUAUGUUGCUUGGUCAGCAACACGCUCGUCCGGUUUUAGUGUGUGAUUUAAUAAAACAAGCUAUAAUGUGCAGCGCCAGAAGAGCAGUUACACACGUAUCACAUUUCUGUACAUAUGUUAUGCUUAGAGAUGCUCCUCAGCCUCUCACAACCACUCAAAUCUAUGAUUUUGAGUCUGCUCACUCCCAUGACCUCCUCCAUUUCAUAUUUCAUGUCAGAUAGUCUGACCUGAGGGCAGCUUAGGGAGGGUGAAUACUAAUUGGCACCAAACACAGUGAGCAAUUAAAUUACUGUAAUUAAAGCAAGUACAAGUGGGAACCACAUAAAAAGAGGAAUUAAGAGUUCCUUCUAACAGCUAAUAGUGUCUCACAAACUGAAGCUAGUGACGCGGUAACGAAAUUAAUCACUUAAAGAGCAUAAAAAGACUGCUUCAAAAGGGGUUUGAAGAAUUGUAGUACUUUGUGUCUCAUUCAAGAAAUGAGAGGCCUAUUUAAUCUCAAACAUUUCUCACGCAUUGCCUAUGACGCCACAAUAUCAUGUAUACAACUGAUGAUUCAUUUGAAAACAUACGCGAUCUUUCCUUCAAUUACUGGAACGACUGGCUUAAAUAGUGACUGUUUUGCCCUGCAGCUUAUAGGACAUGGUUAUCAAAAAAUAAGGAUUAAUUAAUCAGAAAUGUACAUAUUUUUUUGUAUGACGCAAUUACAAAGCUGCUUUAAGCUGCCACUGUUGUAUAUGCAGUUUUUUUGCAUGUGAAUAUUUUAUCAUCACCUUUUACAACACUGCAUAUUGAAAAUAUCAACGCUAAAAACUAUUAAACUGGUUUGCAUCAUAGUGAUAUUGUAUCAGAUAUCGAAGUUAGUCAGUCAGAUGUUUGGUUGUACAGGAAGAUGUGUUUCUGUGAGCGUGGGUACUAUUGUGUGUUUAGAAUUUAAAAUGUGCUGUUGAUACUUUUUUAUAUUUUUGAGACAGGAAUUGGACGUGUACAAACGGAUUAAAAAUAUUUAAUUGUGAAAA